UUGUUAUUUGCACCUCUUGCCACAUGUACAGUUUAUCUAUCUCUGUCGCUGAUGAGGGAUUCACAUGUGAUAAAUGCAGGGAAAUAGUUAGGCUGACAGAGAAGAUUUCAGAAUUAGAGACACGCAUCCAAACUUUAAUUGAGGACAGUAAGAAUGUUAGGGCUCUAGAUAUGGCUUUGGAUGCGUCUAGCUCAGGGAUUCCUGUACAUUGUCCGGUUCCAGCAGAGCCCCUGCAGCAGGGCAACUGGGUGACGGUGAGGCAGCAUAGUCGUGGGUCAAAACACUGCUCUUCUGUUCCGAUCAAAACAUCAAACAGGUUCUCCCCACUCAGUGAUGCACCCACUGAGAAACCUGAUGAAAGUGCUCUAGUUAUUGGUGAUUCUAUUGUACGGAACGUGAAUAUAGAGACACCAGCCACCAUAGUCAAAUGUUUACCGGGAGCCAGAGCGCCUGACAUCUUGGCAAAUUUAAAAGUGCUGGCUAAUGCUAAGCGUAAAUACAGUAAGAUUGUUAUUCAUGCCGGCGCUAAUGAUGUUCGACUUCGCCAGUCGGAAAUAACUAAAAAUAACUUUAAAGAGGUGUGUGAACUUGCAAGCACGAUGUCAGACACUGUAAUAUGCUCUGGUCCCCUCCCUGCUUACCGUGGUGACGAGAUGCAUAGCAGAUUGUCAUCACUCAAUGGCUGGAUGUCUAAGUGGUGCCCACAGAAUAACAUAGGUUUCAUAGACAAUUGGACGAGCUUUUGGGGCAGACCUGACCUGUUUAAAAGAGAUGGUCUUCAUCCCUCCUGGGGUGGUGCUGCUCUUCUGUCUAGAAAUAUGGCACAUAGUCUUAGUGUUUAUACUUGACUAACUGGGGCCCAGGUCAGGAAGCAGACAGACUGGCUAAACCGACCGUCUGCUAGCUGCCUCCCGUCACAGAGGUCAGUUAAUUCUCAGCACAUAGAGACUCUUUCACCUAGAUAUCACACUAUAGAGACUGUGUCUGUUCCCCGAACUAGAAAAUACAAAAAAUGUCCAAACCAAGUUAAGGUUAACAAUUUAAUUGAGGUUCAACAAAUAAAAAACAAAUGCAAUAUGGAUAAACAAAUGAUAAAGAUUGGCUUAUUGAAUAUCAGAUCCAUUUCUACGAAAACACUUUUUGUAAAUAAUAUGAUAACUGAUCAUAAUAUAGAUGUGCUCUGUUUGACAGAAACUUGGCUAAAACCUGAUGAUUACAUUAUUUUAAAUGAGUCCACCCCCCAAGAUUAUUGUUAUAAACACGAGCCGCGUCUAAAAGGCAAAGGGGGAGGAGUUGCUUCAAUUUAUAACAACGUUUACAGGAUUUCUCAGAGGGCAGGCUUCAAGUAUAACUCGUUUGAAGUAAUGGUGCUUCAUAUAACAUUAUCCAGAGAAACCAAUGUUAAUGAUAAAUCCCCUGUUAUGUUUGUACUGGCUACUGUAUACAGGCCACCAGGGCACCAUACAGACUUUAUUAAAGAGUUUGGUGAUUUUACAUCCGAGUUAGUUCUGGCUGCAGAUAAAGUCUUAAUAGUUGGUGAUUUUAAUAUCCAUGUCGAUAAUGAAAAAGAUGCAUUGGGAUCAGCAUUUAUAGACAUUCUGAACUCUAUUGGUGUUAGACAACAUGUUUCAGGACCUACUCAUUGUCGAAAUCAUACUCUAGAUUUAAUACUGUCACAUGGAAUUGAUGUUGAUAGUGUUGAAAUUAUUCAGCCAAGUGAUGAUAUCUCAGAUCAUUAUUUAGUUCUGUGUAAACUUCAUAUAGCCAAAAUUGUAAACUCUACUUCUUGUUACAAGUAUCGAAGAACCAUCACUUCUACCACAAAAGACUGCUUUUUAAGUUAUCUUCCUGAUGUAUCCGAAUUCCUUAGCAUAUUCAAAACCUCAGAACAACUUGAUGAUGUAACAGAAACUAAGGACUCUCUCUUUUCUAGCACUUUAAAUACAGUUGCUCCUUUACGCUUAAGGAAGGUUAAGGAAAACAGUUUGACACCAUGGUAUAAUGAGCAUACUCGCACCCUAAAGAGAGCAGCCCGAAAAAUGGAGCGCAGCUGGAGGAAAACAAAACUAGAGGUAUUUCGUAUUGCUUGGCGGGAAAGUAGCAUAUCCUAUAGAAAAGCAUUUAAAACUGCUAGAUCUGAUUACUUUUCUUCUCUUUUAGAAGAAAACAAACAUAACCCCAGGUAUUUAUUCAAUACAGUGGCUAAAUUAACGAAAAAUAAAGCCUCAACAAGUGUUGACAUUUCCCAACACCACAACAGUAAUGACUUUAUGAACUACUUUACUUCUAAAAUCGAUACUAUUAGAGAUAAAAUUGCAACCAUUCAGCCGUCAGCUACAGUAUCACAUCAGACAGUGCACUAUAGACCCCCUGAGGAACAGUUCCACUCAUUCUCUACUAUAGGAGAGGAAGAAUUGUAUAAACUUGUUAAAUCAUCUAAACCAACAACAUGUAUGUUAGACCCUAUACCAUCUAAGCUCCUAAAAGAGGUGCUUCCAGAAGUCAUAGGUCCUCUUCUGACUAUUAUUAAUUCCUCAUUGUCAUUAGGAUAUGUCCCCAAAACCUUCAAACUGGCUGUUAUUAAGCCUCUCAUAAAAAAGCCACAACUUGACCCCAGAGAACUUGUUAAUUAUAGACCAAUCUCGAAUCUCCCUUUUCUGUCCAAGAUACUAGAAAAGGUGGUAUCCUCACAAUUAUAUUCCUUUUUAGAGAAUAAUGGUAUAUGUGAGGAUUUCCAGUCAGGAUUUAGACCGUAUCAUAGUACUGAGACUGCUCUCCUUAGAGUUACAAAUGAUCUGCUCUUAUCAUCUGAUCGUGGGUGUAUCUCUCUAUUAGUGUUAUUGGAUCUUAGUGCUGCGUUUGACACAAUUGACCACAACAUUCUUUUGCAUAGACUUGAACACUUUGUUGGCAUCAGUGGAAGUGCAUUAGCAUGGUUUAAAUCGUACUUAUAUGACCGCCAUCAGUUCGUAGCAGUGAAUGAAGAUGUAUCAUAUCGAUC